ACUGCGAGGGUCAUUGAACACUGGGAAUACCUGGGAAACUGGUUAUCGGCAGGGCUACCUCUGGAAGACCCAUAUCAGCUCCAAAGAGGGUGCCUGAUAUUACGCCAGAGUGGCAGUUGUCGACUUAGUACGCUAAAAGCUACCCGAUCGCCAUUCCCGCGAUGUUCACUCUUAAAGUUCAUGCUGACGUGGACACAAACAGCCAGGCAGGUUCGGCCAUAAGCGCGUCGUCCGGAGCCGUCGAUUCCUAUAGUGACGCGGUUCGUAGGGAUGGGGACGGAGCCACCGUUAGUAGCACCUCGGCGGCGUCAGUUGCGGAGCAGGUGACACGUGGUCAAGGUCCAGGCGAACUUGAGGCUGAAAUUCGUGAAGUUUCGGAUACCGGGCUUGGUGAUAGUGCGCGAGGUGAUAACAACGAGUGUAUCCCGUUCUCGUCCGGCAAUCCCAAGGUGGAAUCCACGCGUGGCGUGAUUCACCUCUUCCGGAACACCACGGAGAGCCCCGGCUCGCUGCACAACCUGCCGCAAGCCAGGGGCAUGGAGUUAUGUGUGCUAGCUGUGCCCACGUACAUGACAGGUGCUGACUUCUGCCAGUUCACAGGCGCGUUGCUGGGCGAAAUAGAGAGCAUGCGCAUCGUGAGGAACGACAGCCUGUCGGAGCGCUACAUGGUGCUCAUGCGAAUGAAGUCCCGAGAAGCAGCAGACGGUUUCUUCCGCCAGUUCAACAACAAACCCUUCUCCUCCAUGGAGACGGAGCUAUGCCGAGUGCUGUUCACGAAGCAGGUGCUGGUCACGGGCUCAGAGGAGGAUGCCGCAACGCCCCCUGUCGGCCAGACUGAGCUGCCUUCCUGCCCGGUCUGCCUUGAGCGGUUGGACCGGCACAUCAGCGGCAUUCUGACCACCGUGUGCAACCACUCGUUCCACUCCUCCUGCAUCUCCAAGUGGACCGACUCCUCCUGCCCUGUGUGCCGCUACUGCCAGCAGCCGUCAGACAAGUCGCAGUGUGCCGUGUGCGGCUCGCAGGACAGCCUCUGGAUCUGCCUCAUUUGCGGCUUCGUUGGCUGCGGCCGGUACCAAGGAGGACAUGCGGAGUCCCAUUUCAAAGCCUCCCAGCACUGCUACUCUCUUGAACUUUCUUCUCAGCGUGUGUGGGACUAUGUGGGCGACGCCUUCGUCCACCGCCUCGUUCUCUCGAAGACAGAUGGCAAACUGGUCGAGCUGCCCAGCCCGGGGGAACUGGGCGCGGGGGGGAGGGGAGACGGGGGAGGGGGAGGGGAAGGGGGUAAUGGAGGGGGUACGGGAGCCGGAGGGGCGUGUGCAAUGGGGCCGGGGGGUAGCUGCAGUCACCAUCAUAGGGGGGAUGAGGAGUUCGCACAGGCUGUCAUGAACAGUAAACUGGAGUCGGUCGCCUAUGAGUAUACGCACCUGCUCACCACCCAGCUCGAGUCUCAAAGACUCUACUUUGAAGGGCUCCUGGCAGCAGCCAAGGGGGAGAGGGACGAGGCAGUGGCAGCAGCAGAGGCGGCGAAAGAGAGUGUGAAGGUGCAGAAGCUGCAGUCGCGACUGGAGAGAGCGGAGCAAGAAAAGGAGUUCUUGAGGCAGGUGAACGACUCGCUGAUAAAGAACCAGAAGCAGUGGCAGGAGAAGUUCAAGCAGCAGGAAGAGAGGGAGAGAGCAGCCAUAGCCACUAGAGAUGAGAAGAUACAGGACUUGGAGGAACAGGUGCGCGACCUGAUGGUGUACAUAGAGGCGCAGAAGAUAGUGGAGCGCGAGGGGGGGCCGGGGGCAGCAGAGGGCAUCCGGGAGGGCACAGUGCUGGCGAUGAAUGGGGGAGGGGGGGGCGCCGGGGGCAGCAGAGGGCAGCAGAGGUAUCCGGGAGGGCACAGUGGUGGUGGUGGGGGAAGCAUCCACAGCAGGGGAGAGAGGAAAGGGGGGGAGGGUGCAGAUGGGGCAAGAAGGGGUGUUCAGGAUCUCGAGACGGUGAGGUGAGGGGAGCUCAUACGCCUUGCCUUCCCAAGCAUCGGAGACUCAGAGGGCUGUGCUGAGGGAGCGAGGCAGGGAGCAGCAGUGGUGGUAGGUGUGGCAGGGGGGUACUGGCACUGGGCGGGCAGGCUGGAUGCCACUGCCUGAUUCAACUGAACCCCCCAUGGAGUUUAUUCUCGCACAUGAUGUAGAGGAGCUUGAGAUAGUCUGUGUACAGUUAUGCAUGUGAUUGUAUAAAU